AUGAAAUGUGUCGGCAAUAGUGGGGAUUGGCGUGGGCGUGAAGGGGAAGAAGUAAUAAGAUUGGCUUGUGCUCUUCUUUUGGUGACACUGCUAAGCUCAGAGGUAGCUGAGAGCAGAAAAUCCAAAACUGUUAGCACUUCCUUUGAGUACAAAGCUAUAAAUUGCAGGGCUUAUAGUGCUUCAUUGACGGAUUUUGGUGGUGUUGGAGAUGGAAAGAUAUCAAAUACAAAGGCCUUUAAGUCUGCAAUCAGUCAUCUGAGUCAAUAUGCUUCUAAAGGGGGGGCUCAGCUCUAUGUUCCUGCAGGAAAAUGGCUGACUGGGAGUUUUAGUCUUUUGAGUCAUUUCACUCUCUAUCUGAACAAAGAUGCCGUUCUCCUUGCAUCUCAGAUAAUGUUAACUGAUUUUCUGACUAAGCCACAAUUUCUUUGUAUGUCCUCAAGUUGGCUUCAUCUGCCCUUUCUUGCACCUUUCCUUUUGGCAGCAUUUGGGGAGAAUUAUUUCCCAAGUCUGAUAAAAAAACAAAAGAAACAAAAAGUCAAGGAAGUGAUUAGGUGCAUGGGAAAAGAAAUUCUGAAAGUGGACUUCAUUGAUGGAAAAUUAGAUAUUAGUGAGUGGCCUGUGAUAGAACCACUCCCAUCGUACGGUAGAGGAAGAGAUGCUGCAGCAGGAAGGUACACCAGCCUCAUAUUUGGAACAAACCUCACUGAUGUUAUUGUCACAGGUGACAAUGGCACCAUAGAUGGCCAGGGAGCAUUUUGGUGGCAGAAAUUUCACAAGAAAAAGUUGAAGUACACUCGCCCCUACUUGAUUGAAUUAAUGUUCUCCGACAACAUUCAAAUUUCGAAUUUGACCCUCCUAAAUUCUCCAUCAUGGAAUGUUCAUCCUGUUUAUAGUAGCAAUAUUAUUAUUAAAGGCCUCACCAUUAUCGCUCCUGUCCCAUCUCCAAACACUGACGGCAUCAACCCAGAUUCUUGCACAAAUACCAGAAUUGAAGACUGCUACAUAGUUUCUGGGGAUGACUGUGUAGCAGUGAAAAGUGGGUGGGAUGAGUAUGGCAUAAAGUUUGGAUGGCCCACAAAACAACUAGUGAUCAGACGGCUGACAUGCAUUUCCCCAGAAAGUGCAGCCAUUGCCUUGGGAAGUGAGAUGUCAGGUGGAAUCCAGGAUGUCAGAGCUGAGGACAUCACAGCCAUCCAUACAGAAUCUGGGGUCAGAAUCAAGACUGCAGUAGGGAGAGGAGGGUAUGUGAAGGACAUAUAUGUCAAGGGAAUGACCUUGCACACCAUGAAAUGGGUGUUUUGGAUGACUGAUGUGGUGGCUGACAAUGUGACCAUGGCUGCUAGGUUGGAAGGAAUCUCCAAUGACCCUUUUACUGGAAUCUGCAUUUCCAAUGUGACCAUUAAGAUGGCAGCCAAGGCCAAAAAACAGCCAUGGACAUGUACUGACAUUGAAGGGAUCACAAGUGGGGUGACUCCUAAGCCAUGCAAUUCUUUAACUGAUCAAGGGAAGGAGAACAUCAAAGCAUGUGAUUUCCCCACAGAGAAUCUACCAAUUGAUUCGCUGAAGCUUAAGAAGUGUACUUACGGAAUUAAACAUGAAUGA